GUCGGUGUUUCUCAUUCAGGGAAACCCCGUCCUUGCAAAACAGCAGUGUAAGGGCAGAUUUCAUGACAGUCUGCUUACAAAUGCUGCGACAAUCCAUAUAUUUCUCACAUCAGCUAUCUGUUUGUCCGACGAGUUGUGCUUCUACAGCUGCACUGUGCAUUACAAACCCGCAACUGAGUGGAGUCGUUUAAAAAAUUGAGCCACUAUCUGGCUCUUAUAUGUGUUCAGGUCUGGAUCCAUUGUGAUCAUGAAGAAUGGGUGAAUACCUAUUUUUGAUAGACGUAGUUCACUUCUACUUCUGGAUUAUUUGAGCCAUCAACUUAUUAUUCAUAUGUGGGUACAAGAGGUCACGGAGUGAAGAAUGGAUGAAGAGCGAGAAGAAAGAAUCAACGGACUGCGUCGAAGCUUUUUCCUGCUUUGGCAAACUCCUGAGGAAUCACUACCUCCUCCGCACACUUUGAGAGCCUUCAUUCGGAAGCUUCAGCAGAAUGUCAAAGUAGAAGCCAUGGAUCUGAUAGCAGAAGAAGCUUAUGAAAACGCCUUCAGUCUUCUCACUCUGGGAAUCGAUUCUAGCAGCGUCCUCUGUCUCGACGGUUAUUCCCUCGAUACACAGAAUGAUAUCAGGCUCCUUGUAUUGCGAUCCCAAUGUGCCAAUAACUUGGGUUACUUUCAAGAGGCACUUUCGGAUGCUGAAAAAGCUCUAGCAAUGGACCCAAAUUCUGUGCCAGCGAAGAUUGAGUUACUGAAGGUCAAGAACAACAUCGCGAUGAAGGAAGAUAUCCCCCUCGAAAGAUUGCUUAAGGCGGACCUUCUCAAGGGUUUACCAGAGAUGGUGAGGGAACAUCCAGAGGUGAAGGAUAUAUUGAGACAACUCGGCCUACAAAAUCUCAAAAAUGAAACAAAGCAGAAGUCAGAUUCCCAGACCUUCAAUGCAGCCUGGAUCCCCAGUCAUAACAGAGAAAUAGCCAUGCGCAAUAAGUCCUCCCAUUCUUUUGGAAAAAGAAGGAAGAUCAAACAGAUCAGUGACGGUGCAGAGCCUGUCUUUCCAAUCACAGGAUCAUAUUCAUCAUCUCAAUGGUUGAAACAGGGCGCAAAGCCAAAGACAGCUGGAGACAGAAAAACACCAGAGCCUGCUUCACGCGGGUCGACAAAGCCUACGCAAAAACAAACCGGUCGGGCCACAGAAAGAAAAGGAACCAAACACUCGGCACAAAUUUCGAACAACCAAAAGACUCAAGGCCCUGAAAAGACGAAAGGCAAGGUCCUCUCUCCUUGUACAGCAUCAGUGAAUCUCGCCUCUCUGCCAAGCUUCCACCGUGACAUCAAGUACGUCUGUGGAGUGUGUUAUGCUCGUGGUAAAGUAUGUGAACAGCGACAAGGAAGCCAACCACAAGUGUGUGCCGGCUCAUCGGGCUCACACAGCUGGCAACAGUGCAGGAUGAUAGUGGUGUACUCCAGGUCAAGGAAGAGAUGGUGCAAGGUCAGACGACGGCACGAGAGCUUGUCACCCAAUGCUAUCCCAAAUCUUUGUAUCUACGGAGAUGCUUGCAAGCGCCACGACUGUUGGUUUCCGCACUUUCAAGAAGAAGCAGAUCUCUGGGCGUACAUGGGGAAACAUAAACUCACAAAAUUAGGAGACGUCUUAAUGGCCGGGCGUGCACCGUCCAAUGUAAUCACGAAAGCACCCACAACAUGUAAGGUAAAGCAUGCCAAACCAUCCCCUCAGCCCAAGCAUCACUGCUCUUACUGCGACAUCUAUUACUUAGAGCUGUCACAGCUCCAACAACAUAUCACAAGUGAAACUCACCGUUCAAGGGUCAACUCGGAUGAGGACAGGAAGGGCCAGUGGAAGUAUCGCAGCCCACCAUGGGAUGUCGUCAACGGCCAGUACCAAGAGUGCUUAGAGAAUAAAACAGAAAGAUGCAUGUUUACCAGUGCAUUGGAGAACAACUGCACCAAGGCUCACAGCAAUGAAGAGCUGCAGGAAUGGAAGGAGAGGCAUAAAUAUCGAAUGAUGAAAAUGAGAAAAGCUAAGGACAAACAGCUGUAUGCGUUCAUGGAUGAUGUCCUUGACAGAUAUAACUUCUCUCCCUCACGAGGGGAGGACGUGAUUACAGACAGGUUGCUUGGAGUCCGCGUUGAUUGCUCCGAGGACUUCAAUCAAUACCUGGAUGUAGACAAGAGGGACAAUGAUUCCCCACACACGUGCACUUGGUCGCUUACCCUGGACCUCAAGGCAUCAGAAAACCAGAAAUCCCUGAAGCGUGUCUGCUUACUCUACGACGACAACAGACCUUAUUUCAGAUUGUCCAAGCCUCCUAAGGAACGUGAGGCCCAGGUUUGUCCCGGUAACCUCAUCGCAGAGGAAGAUGGGAGGACAUACCGAAUUGACGUCAUCUUUCGCUCUCAGAUCCUUGGUAGCUUUUCUCAGUGGGUCCUUUUCGACCUGGGGACUGAGCCAUAUCUAGUCCGUAAGCUUCAGGUUGUUGUUGGAUUGGGUGCGCCAAAUGAGACAUUUGACGAGAUAAACGGGAAACAGAGGAAUACAUGUGAGGUGUGGGAUGACGGAAACUCGGAGAUUGUCAGGUUCUACGAAGAUAGCUACCAACUUUCAUCUACAGAAGUGAAGCUCCUGGCAGACUACGUUUUACCAAUUUCUUUUGACAUCGACAAUCUGGGGGAGUUGAGUCGGGACAACUACAGAGAAUACAUGCACGCAAUGCUGUACUUGGAGGAAAAGGAGUGCAAUACCAAGAUAUCCAAAUUUGCCUCGGAGAGCACGUUUGAGUGUCUUGACCGGAUCCUACUAGAAACCCCAACAGCCACCGUAAUGAAGAACGCCGUUGGUGGCAGCAAGUUUGGCAAGGUUGAUUUGAAGAGGGCUUUGAUGGACGAUUCGGAGACGAGUCAAAUCAUCGAGAGGAAUGUGCAUAAGAUGAUGCUAAAAUUUGGUAACUCGAAGAAGGUGUACGAAGCCAUAAUCCUGCCCGAACAAGAUUACUUUGGGAAGCAGAACCAAGACACAUUAUACGUCAAGCUCAGUCCAUUAUGUGUGGAGGAAUUGGACCUACAGGGUGGCACUACACACCGCGUAGAGAUUCAAUUGCAUCUUAAUCGGCUUCCUCUAUGUUACAUGCAUUUGGCAGUCGACCGCCUACAAAAUAUGGACAUGGUGUUCCCGCCAAUAGGAAACCCGCACAAGAUUCCUCCUGUUGACAAACAAGUACAAAAGCACAUUGAUCCUCACCAAGAAAGAGCAGUGAAGUUCAUUUCUCGGCACAAAGGGAAACAAGGAGAGUCGACAGCAGCAGUUGGACCGGUGCUUGUAUGUGGACCGUUUGGAACAGGGAAAACUCACACAUUGGCGACGGCAGUAAAGCGUACCUUGGAGGCGCACGCAGAUAGCAAGAUUCUCAUUUGCACACACUCAAACAGUGCUGCAGAUUUGUACAUCACUGAGCAUCUACACAAGCUGGUGGAAGCCGGAGAAAUAAAGCAAAUGAUUCGUGUCUACACAAAGAUACGAGACAUCAAAACCAUUGCUGAAAAUGUGCGCAAAUACACCAAAAUUACGGACGACAAAGUUCAGACCCCCACACUGAGAGAGAUAAAGGCAAGCAGUGUUGUUAUCACGACACUCACCACGUCUCACACACUCGAUUCAACAGAGCUCUACGGUCACUUCACCCAUAUAUUGAUAGACGAAGCUGGGCAGGCAUUGGAGACAGAGGUAUUACAGCCUCUGACUUUGGCUACAGCAAAUACUUGCGUGGUUCUUGCAGGAGAUCACUUACAGAUUUGUCCAAAGGUGUUUUCCCGAGUAGCCCGUCAUGCUAAGUUCCACGUGUCUCUCCUGGAGCGCCUCUUCUAUCAGAAGGUUGGCAGAGUUCUGCUGUCCAAAAACUAUCGGACGUGCCAGAAAAUGCUGGACUUUAUUUCCAGGACGUUUUACUACGGAAACCGAACAAAGCAGAAGCUCGAAGCAUCCUUCAACAGAGAACCGCACCCGAAAUUUAUGCAUCCCUUGGUCUUCUACGCAGUUAAGGGAGAGGAUGAGAAAAUAGGGAUGUCAUACAGCAACGAUUUUGAGGUAACACAGAUAGUGCAAGUUGUGCAAGACUUGUGUUAUAAUUGGCCUGAAAAUAAGUGGGGGAAACUGGAGACCAACAGCAUCUCUGUCGUGGCUUCAUAUAAAAUGCAGGUAACGAAGAUCCGGGAACUUCGCAAGAAAUCCCUGGGAAGCAUUACUGUGGAGACAGUCCAGAAUGUCCAAGGUAAACAAUAUCAGGUGCUUAUCAUUAGUACGGUGAGAACUCGACGAACGCUGAACAAAGUUGACACAACGGCAUUCGUAUCACAACUACGCCCAGCGAAUCGCCCAGAAGACACGUUCGACUACGGCUUUCUGUCUGAUGCCCGGCUCCUCAACACAGCGUGUACCCGUGCACAAUCUCUUCUGGUGGUCGUUGGUGACCCAUCAACCUUAUGCUCUGUUGGUGAUUGCUCCAAAAUAUGGCGAAGUUUCCUGCAAGAGUGCCAUGGCAAUAAUACUCUGCUGCCACUGGGUACAACCAUCGAAGGAAUCCAACAAGAGAUGGAAUCAGCUAAGCAACGUUUGAAUCCUUUUGCAGCGGCCUUCGAGCCCGCAGUCGCAAAAACAAGACAACCCCCUCCAAAGGUUCAAGCACCGAGAGCCAACGAAAUAUCCCUCUCAUCAGGAGCAGUGUCUAAGCCACCCAACAACGAUCCUUGGCUGCCUGGCAAUGACUCAUCCCUCCCUGAUGGUAUCAUGCGAGAGUUGUACAGGCAGAUAAGCCACGAUGAACGUAGACUUAAAAGGUCAAAGGAUGACUCAGGCGUUGAUCCUGAAAAGCUUGAUGAUGCAGAAGUCCAAAAGGAGGUGUCUACAAAAUGGAAAAGGAAGCCACCCAAAUUUCGGAUGGUAGAGCAGGGCGAUCGCAUAGUAUUAGAUAUUCGCUAUUCUGAAAGACACCAGAAGCAAGCGGAGGAAGCAGAGGAAGCAGACUCAGAGGAGGGUUUGAGAAAUGACAAGCAUGACGAGAGUGAACGUCAGAUCGCUUACAAAAACGUUGAGCAACGUCCAGACAAAUUCAAGAGAUGUGUCUUCCACUGUGAGAAUUCUGGAUACACAUACGCAGUCCCGCUUGACGAGGGUUUAUCUGGGAAGAUCACAAUCACCAGUAAGAUACGAAGGGGCAGAGCCUUGAACCUUGAUCAGGUUAUCGUGGAAAUAUUUGACAACACAGAUGACUCUGAAACCCUUCAGAGCCAGACGAAAUAUGGGCAGGUCAUAUGUAUCUGUAAGAGGGCAGCUGGAUCCACCCUUACAUCGAAAGUAGUGUGUAAACUUGACGAAUAUAUAGACAAUCAAAUGGUUCCGAUUGACCGAACACUCCCUAAGUUCUUUGUACUUGCACGAGAUGAACGGAAAAGGGGGAAGGGAAAUACAUAUCGUGGAUCACCUGACUCAUGCAUCGUGUCCAUCUACCGUUACAGUAAGGAACUGCAAGAAGACUCGCCCUUCUUGAAGAAUGUGGAAGUGUCACGAAAAGAUCGAGAACACAAGCUGUUUGUCGUUGAAUAUGUGAAGUGGUUUGCCAAGGCUCCUUACCCAAUGGGUUUGGUCACAGAAGAACUCCCACAAGCCGACACCAAAGAGAAGGGCCUUCGAAUCCUGAAGCUCAUUCAUGGGGUGAAGGACGAUUGGAAGCCCGAAAUCAUGCAGGAAGUUGAGAAUCAAUUCUCGGAUGAGUGGGAAAUUCCUCAGGAUGAAAUUCAGUCUCGGUAUGACGCACGACAUCAAUUUGUCUUCACCAUUGAUCCUCCAGAAAGCCUGGACCUCGAUGAUGCUUUGAGUGUAGAACGUGACGGAGAAAACUACAAGAUUGGAAUACACAUUGCAGAUGUUUCUUACUUUGUCUCUAAAGACAGCACACUAGAUAGAGAAGCACGAAAUAGAUCUACGUCAUUCUAUCCACAUCCGUCUGUCAGCAAACCCAUCAACAUGCUCCCCUCUCAGCUCAGCAACAGGUUAUGUAGUCUGCUACCCCAAAAGGAUAGGCUGACUAUUUCAGUAUUUGCCACGCUCAAUAAGAGCGGGCAUAUGAUGGCGGACGUAGAGAUUGUGCGCUCGGUAAUUCGAUCCCGCAAGAAGCUGACAUACAGUGCUGUGGAGGAAAUCAUCACGUCGAGCAACGACGAGCAUAACAAUAAUAUCACCAUCGCAGAAAAAAUCUUAACAUUGAAUAAACUUGCGAAAGAGAGAAGGAGAAGUCGUCUUGGGCUGGGUCGGUUUGCUUUCUCGCACGAUGCCGAAGAAGAGGUGGCGCAACAUCCCCUUGCACAUUCUUUGGUAGAAGAAAUGAUGCUCCUUGCAAAUCAAGCAGUAGCCACUUUCCUUGUCAGGGUUUAUCCAGACUGCAGUCCGCUCAGAAGGCAACUUGCUCCAAGUGAGGAGAACAUAGAAACGUGGUUUGAAAACCAUGCCCAAGACCUUGUGAACAGUUUGGAACUUCAGUCUAGAGGUUUCAGCAAAGAGCUUCAAAGUGAAAACUCCAAUGACGUGCACAUACUUAAAGAAAAAUGGAACGAUCUUCUUGAAGCAGUUGGUAAUCAACGUAAGAUAACUACAAUUACUGACUUAAUUACCAGCGAUGAAAACCAUCCACAACUUGCCGUUGCCAGGGCAGACUUAUUUGUUAUGCUAGAGACUGCUGACUACAUUAGCUCUGGAGAUCAUACAGAAAGUUCAAAAAGAAAUCACUUUUCGCUGAAUAUGGCAGCCUACACUCAUUUCACAUCUCCGAUUCGUCGGUACUUCGACCUUGUCGUGCAUCGCAUGCUGAUUUCUGCAAUUAAUGACGAGAAAGCUCAAGAUACCUUGCAUCAGUCGGAGCGGCCGUAUACCACAGACGAGCUCGCAUCAAUCUCUCAUCAUUGCAAUAUUCAGCAAAUAAAUUCACAAACUUUUGAAAGGAAAACCCGCGCUCUUCAGUGUGCCCUAAGACUCAAGGAAGCCCCUCAGUCAUUCAAGGUAUUUGUCGGUGGCUUUUCUGAUUCAAGUCUUAAACUGAUAUUUCCGUACAGACGUUUUCUUCCAUCGACGUGUCCUCUGAACAUCCUCAAGCCUAUCAGUAAACCACAGAUCGAGGAAGGACAGACCAAGAUGGAGCUUCAGUGGAAAGAACGAAUCUACGAGUUGCGUCGUACAACAACACCGCAACCACGGCUUGUGUCGCUUCUAACACUGGAUACAGAUCAAAUGACAGUAAAGAUUUCUGCAGAUCACUGGAAGGAGAUUCUAGGAGCGGUUCAGACAGAGAACACGCACGUCAUUCACAGGGCUGUAACAGAUGCAGACGAGGAACAAGAAUUGAAAGAACGAGAAAAAUCUAGAAGACAAAGGCAGAGAGGGCUUGUUGGAAAUCAGAACCUUCUGGUCGAGGAAGUAACCUGUGAAAGUUUAGAUGCAAACAAACCCUUCCCUUUCGUACACUUCCAGCGGAGUUUUAGGCGAGGUGAUGUGGUAAAAGUCCAACUGAAUGCAAGCGUUCAAAGGGGUAUCCUUUCACCUUGUUUGCAGCUCGUCUUUCUAACACCAAAGCUAAGCCUUUGCGCAGAGCAUCGAGGGAAUUCCAUCGAGAGUUUUGCCAAAGUCGCGGAGCAUCGACCUUCUGCUAAGAUAGACAGUACUGAACGAUAUAAAGCUAUAUGGCUGCCAAUUCUGAGAAUGAUUUCGGCCCACAAUGCUGUUGUGAGUGAUGAAAGCUGCGUCAUCCAUGACGUAAACAUCGACUGGCACUGCACUGAAGGAAUUGAUCAAUCUCCAAAAUACAACGGAAUGUUCAAGAUCAAAACAAAUUUUUGUAAUGAUCGGGGUUUCGAAAUACAUAAAGGCGACUACGUCUGUUUGUGCUACAGGGACCUACCUUUGACUCCGAAGGCAAAGAGCAACCUCCGAAUGAUUGAUUGCACCAACACGCCAAGUCCAACUACGCCUGAAUCAGGGCAGACAACAUUUAUUGCUCAUGCACUCAUUACGGCCUUGACUGAUAAGAAAAAGAAUACCGAAGACUGGACGGUUGAGGUUCACGUGGGGGUUAAUCAACAUUCAGCGCCUUUUCCAGAUGUGUUGUUUGAGAGGCAUAAGAAGGUACGGACAUGCACUAUCGAGCUGAUACCCAAGAGUAAUUCAGACGGCCGUCUGGAAUCUGCUGUUGCCCAUCUGCACAAUGCACAAGAGAUAGUCCAGGGAAUAUGUACUCGUCAAAUACCGGCAGUCAACAACGGCGAUCCAGUCAUCCGAAGGCUUCUGGAGGCAGGAAAAGCAAUCAAGAGCUUUUCUAUACCUGGGUCACCAUUUCCCCUUCCUAAUGAAUCGCAACAAGCCGCCUUGCGGAAAGCUCUGCAGCGACAGUUCACAGUCAUUCAAGGACCUCCAGGUACGGGCAAGACGGUGACUGGUGCCCAUCUCACCUACUUCUUUGUGGAAGUGAACAAGCACUUGCCCGAUUUGGGCAGGGGACCACCCCAGGUUCUCUACUGUGGACCGUCCAACAAGGCCGUCGAUGUUGUUGCGGAUUACAUGCUUCGUCUAAGCAUACCAGCCAUACGCGUGUAUAACAACAUGAUAGAGCAGCAGGAUUUCCCCAUUCCUGGGCACUCAGGGAGAAUCCUGAAGGCAGGAAGCUCCAAAGAAACCAAGAUGGAUCCUAAACUGAGAUUUAUCUCACUCCAUCAUCUGAUAAGACAGCCAUCCAAUAACCAGAGUGAGCAUAUCUUGGCCUUUGAGCGGGAAUUCCAUAACCCAGGAUACAAAAUCGCCUUCGAUGACCUGGAAACGUACAGAAGAACAAUCCACAAAGCUGAGGCCGAAGAACUUCAGAAAUUCAAGGUGGUCUUGUGCACUUGCAAUGAAGCGGGGAGUAUACGCAUCCAAAGGAAUGUAAAUGCUAUCCAGUGCAUAGUGGAUGAGGCUGGAAUGUGUAACGAGCCAGAAACCCUCAUACCACUGGUGGGCACCAUCGAAGAAACAGAAGACCCACAGGUUGCGCGCAAGAAGGAUGUAAGACGGGAACCACGCCAGGUCGUCUUGAUUGGAGAUCACAAACAACUCAGACCUAUUAUCCAGGAGAGAACGGCCAUCCAGUUGGGUAUGGAGACAUCAUUACUAGAGAAGUAUGGAAAGGAAGCCAUCAUGCUGACCAUUCAGUAUCGCAUGCACCAGUCGAUAUGUGCUUUUCCCUCCGAAAUGUUCUACACUGGGAAGUUGGUAACAGCCGACAGUGUGAAAAAACGACCACAGCAGCUGAACAGGACCUGGCCAGGAGGACAGGGCAACCCACUCGUGUUCUGCCACCACGUUGGGAUCGAGGAAAAGCAAAGCGUACGGACUGAGGAAGGAGGUGAACAGUCGAGGGCAAAUCCUGAAGAAGUUGAUCACGUGGUCCGCAUUGCAUUAGCGAUGGUUAAGCGUCUUGGCGUGAAACAAGACAGGAUCGUCGUUCUCACCCAGUAUCGCCUCCAGAGGACAAAGAUUGAAGACAGGUUGAGGGCGGUCCACCUGGAAGAUAUCAUAGUCAGCACUGUCAUUACCAGUCAAGGUAAAGAAUGGGACUACGUCAUUUUGUCAACCGUGAGGUCACUGCCAAGGGUGGAGAUUGAUGAGAAGCCCUCUACCGCUUGGAAGAAACGCAACCUGGGCUUCAUCACUGAUGAAAAUCAAAUCAAUGUUGCUAUCACGCGGCCAAGACUGGGGCUCAUCAUUCUGGGCAACAAGUUCCUCCUGCGUGUUCAUCCAACGUGGAAGAAGCUGCUGUCCCAUUACGAAGAGAAAAAAGCUUUGGUGGAAGCAAAGGACUUUCCAAAAUAAUCUCGGAUUAGAUGCUUCGAGCUUUCCAUCCAAUUUUGAUAUGUGUUGUAUAUGUGCGUUGAACUCCAAAACUGUGUCUUUUCCCACUUCUUGAUGUUUCAUAUUUUUGAUUUGCAUAUGAAUGCAAAACCAACAACAACAAAAGCCGACCCACUCCGGGUGUCCACUGCUACCAGUUAGACUAGAGCGGUGUCUACACGAGACGCUUGGCAUUAAUCAUCACUGUUUGGAAUUUUUCCCCAUGAGAUGCGUCCUUAUGGACAAGCUGUUUAAGUCCAUCCACACCUGCAUAUGAUGUAUAGAAAGGCACAUAUUACAUACAACAGUAUGUCAUAACAGUUGACUGUCAUCUUAGUGAGAGGUGUCUCUCUUACAUGCUUUCUUUGAAUGAAUGACAUAGUUCACUUCCAGCUCUUUUGGCCAAUCAUAUGUUUAUAACUAAGGUAGAAUAGGUUGAAAUCUUGUAACUAGAAAUGCUACGAAAUAUAUUCCCAGGAAAUGAGCUUUGUUAAAUAAUUAAUCAUUCCUUUAAGAAUUAGUGUUACUUAAUUCCAAAUAACAUUAUUUUAUAUCUAUUGCGGUCUCGCACUACAUAAUUAUGCAUUUGUUUAAAGUACACUUUUUACUGGAAAACUUUUUUUUUCUUUUUACUGAAAAAUUAUGUACGGUAAUAAAGCUGCCGAACUUAAGCGGCCAAUCUGAUGGACAUAUCGACUUAACGACGCACAUGCUGCAGGUUUCUACAUCAUGAUAACGGGCUGGGCCAUUGUUUGAUAUAAUAUACUGAGACUCCGAUGGGGGUUUUCUUUGGGGGUGGUAGUGGACUUCGGGUCGGGGACUGAUAAAAAAUGUACAAAUAAGGCGUUAUAGACUGCCGUGAAAUUAAAAACUCCAUGACAUUUGUGUUUCAGUAUUGAAAUAGUUUCUUAAAUUUAAAGACUAGCUUUCUGCGCUAAAAAUGGUACCGUAUUAUACUGCGUGUUAAGUUAAUAAUGUUAUGUUCUAUCAUGAUUUUCCUCCUAAACAUCUCAACCGCAAAUACCGUUAUGUAAUAAUGCUGGUUUAGCAUUCUUGUUGUACUUUAGUUUUAAGUCCUGUUUCAUUUCAAGGGUUUUUGCAGAAAAUACUCAUCUUAAUAAUAAUUGUGUAAUACCUGACAUUCCUUUUGAUGCAUAAAUGUAUAUCAUAUACUUUGAAAUAUUUUAGAAUAUAUAUACAAGUCUUAAAACUCUACAUGGAUAUAUAACACACAAUUAUUUUAAAUCAUACAGCACGAAAAGUAUAUUUUAUGUAUUGAAAUACUAGAUUUUAUGUCAUAUUCAUGCGGGCUUUAUGUAAUUAUGUGGUUCCUUUAAAGGGUGAUGAGUUUGAGUAUGACAAGGGGAAAUAAUCGUACUUAAUAUGCCAUUAAAAGGGAGACUGAAUGCAUACAUUUCAUCAGGAGUAUGUAUAGGCAGUGGCCUAACUGUAUGGUCCAGGAAUCAGGAAGAUUUCAGGACCUACUUUGGUUUGGUUAGAACUCCAUAAAUCUGACCAGGCUAUAAAACCCCUGUUUUAAUUCUAAGCAGGGAAGGGCAAGGAUUCUAGGCGGGUGAGGUCUUCUUCAAUAGCCUCUUAAUUCGGUUAAUAUAGAAAUACAGGCCUACGCUAUAUUCUCCUUAAGUGUGAGCGUGUAAGACUCAAUGUCUAAAACUACAGCAAUAAGCCUGAAAGAUGGGAAAAAAUAGCCAACAAAGUGCACUUAUGAUCAAAACAAGAAACUCAAAUCCCAUUUUGAUAUUGACAAACGUAAACGCAAAUGUAAACAGUAGGCCUAUAUCCGUACCAACUCACAUAUUUAUGAACAAUCAAUUUGAGGCAAAAUAAAUUGCAGCUUCAGAUAAUUCAUCACCACGGGACAUUG